CCACUCGCCAUAUGUAAAAAUUCUUAAAACACGCGAUCCUUUUCUUUUGACCAUUUACUAAAAUAACCUUCUUCAAUAAUAAACAAUUUUUUUUCACGCUUCAAAACAACAAUGAAAAAGUAUAAAAAGGUGCCAGCAUAUCAUUUCCUUUUUUAAUUUUAUAAACUAACUAUGGUUUAUUUAUCUAUCGAAAAAAGGUCUAGGAUUUGUGCUCUUCUUGAAGAAGGUUAUCCUUCCCGGUAUGUAGCGGAUAAAGAAAAAAUUUCACAAUCAACUGUUAUAAGAAUCAAGAAGCGUAAAGAUGCUACUAGAACCUUUAAAGAUAAACCUAAAUCUGGACGUCCAAGACUCUUAACAGGCCAAAAUGAGCGAAAAGUUUUGCGGUAUAUUACAACAGGGGUGUGUACUAAUGCAGUAGCUAUUAAAAAAAAAUUAAAAAUUGAAGAGCAGAUAGGAGUCAGUGAAAGUACAGUGAAAAGGACCUUACAUCGAAAUGGAUUAGGUGCAAGAGUCAAACGCUGUCACCCACGUCUGCCACCCGUGGAUAAACACAUCUUUCUCAUUACAACUUUAUUUCUCGUUAUUCUGCUUGGUUUAGAUUUUAUUUUUCUCUUAACUUCUCGCUUUCUUUCUCAUAUAUUCGUAAUAUUUAUUCUUUCAAAUACUACCACUCAUUCAUAAUAUUCCCAAAAUAUUAUUCUUUAUGUAAUAUUUAUUCUUUCAAAUAUUACCACUUUA